CGGCCUUUUCAAGGAUUAAUUAAUGGCGAAAGGUUGAAAGUGUGCGGCGCGAGUGAAUGUGACUAAGCAUAGCGAAUUACCUAGGCGCACAACCUAGCCACUGUAGUAUUAGUACAGUUACUGAAUUAUUCACAAUCAAAUAUGACUCAGUGCAGGACAAAACGAUGAUUGAGUAGACAAGGAUAGUUUUUUUUUCUUCUUAUACAAGCUGAUAGCUUUUGCUAGGGAUGAAGUUUACAAUACGGGCAAGUACUUAAACUCACAUGGAGCUACAUCCUGUUCUGCACACUCCAUCACCUGAUGCACAAGCGCACCUUCAAAGGUGUGUGGCCGGUGGUUUCCUGCCCGACCGAGUUGUUUCAGACACUGGCGCUCCUUGAGGUGGUCCAUUGUCUUGUCGGUCUGGUGUCCAGCAAUGCCUUCCUGACACUCAUUCAAAUCCUCUCGCGGCUCAUGGUCGUUUGGGGCAUUCUUGUGCCUGUGCCUGAGUGCCAAGACCAGUUUGGCAUUCUGAUGCUGUUGGUUGCAUGGUGCCUGGCAGAGAUCACACGAUAUGCGUUCUACGGGACCUCACUGUACAACUCUUGCCCAUAUUUGCUGUCCUGGUGCAGAUACUCCUUCUUUUUGGUCCUGUACCCAACUGGCGUGUCGGGCGAGAUUGUGACAAUGGUGGCAGCCUUGCCAUACAUUCGCAAGCGGGGCCUCUUCACGUACUCUCUGCCAAACCACCUCAACUUCUCCUUUGAUUACUACAUAUUCGUCAUCCUUGUCAUUGCCUCCUACCUGCCCUUCUUUCCCCAGCUUUUUGGCCACCUUCUGAAGCAACGGAAACGGUUCCUGGCACCUGCUGCCGAUUCCAAGAGGGAGUGAAGACGGGGGGCUUCCCGCCCCCCUGGGAUAAAGUUGCAUUAGUGGGACUGAAACAUGCACAGUGCAUCCUACAGACAAGUUAUUCCGGAGGGACUAUUGACCACAGAACAUACCGGGCAAACAUGAGGUGAUUUUGUUUGCCCACAGAGUGUUUCAGUGCUUUGAUGCUACUUUCAGGCAACUUACUUCCAUGUUAGUGAAAGCGUGUCUUGAAGGACCACAUGGUGGUUUCGAAUCACUUCAGUAACAGUUGUUUGCUCUCAGUGUUUUUAAAAUAAAGAUUGACGGGGAGUGACCUUUCAAACAA